UCUAUGAACUGAACGUGAAAGCCAAAACAACAAAAACAAUUCGGUGGCGCAAAUUUAAUGUACAUAUAUGAUCACUAUCCGCGGUGAUCUUUCAAUGAAAAGCGCUGUUUAUCCGCUGGGCAAUUGCAACAAUGCCAACGAGAAUGCAUCGAUACUGAGCGAUGGUUCUGGCCACAAGGGCAACAAAAGGAGCGGGAACAAAUACAUUGGGAACAACAACAUCACCAACAGCAACAACAACAUUAACAAUUACAACAACAGCAACAUUAAUAAUGUAAAUGAAAAUACGCUGUGGCCUCCUGCAUACGAUAUGCAAGCGUCGUCCGCCAACGCUAAUCCAGUGCUGCGUAAUAUAAACAAUGAUAUGACAAAGGACAUUUCGCGCAAAGUGCUUCAAUGCAAGAUGCAAUUCACAUCCAAUGAUCGAUUAGACAAAAUGAGCGGCGACGACAUGCGCAUGUCGAAGAUCAUGCGCCGCCUGCACAACGAAUCGAGCCCGGCGGCUGCUCUCGAACUGUGCAACAAACUGGACAUGGCCGUGCGGACUCCAGUUAAUGUGGGUUAUUUGACUCGAUCUUUUGACGUUAUCUUGGAUGGAAUGCAGUCGUUGUUCAAGCAAUGCCCGGCUCCGGUGCUGAACGAGUGCAGCAAAACUCUAGGAGUGAUUGGCUACAUCAAUCGCAUGUCAUAUCCCAUCUAUGAGGACUUCAUUGUGAGGAACUUUAAAAUGCACAAGCGCAUGCAAAAAUAUUUAAUUCUUGCGCUGCAGACGACGCUCAGCUGCGACACAAAAUGCGAUAUGCACAUUUUUUCGGACAAGAUAAUGGCGCUAUUGAAAGACUUUCUGGAGGGAGCUGAUAGCCCCGACAUCUUCAUGGGCAUCAGUAUGUGCAUUGUGCAAUUUUCGCUCAAUUAUCGCGAGGUUUUCGAGUGCCAUUUUACGGAUGUGGUGGACAUCAUCAUUGGCUGGCAGCUGGAGGUUGGCCAGCCCGAGGAAGUGAGGACGCAUUGCGCUUACGUGUUGGAGCAGCUGACACCAUAUUUUAGCAAGCAAUUGGACUUUAGCUAUGGACUCCUAACCCAGUUCAUCGAGGACAUAUCGGAAAAAUCAGAGCGCCCGGGCGAGCGAAUCGGCGCCUUCGUUGGAGCCUUCAAUACGCUGCUGAAAUGUCUCACACGUAUGCGCAUUACAUGCGAAUCGAUCGUUUCCCUCGCACUCGUGCAUCUCAUCAAAGUGCUGCCCGCCAUGCUGGAGAACCCGGAGGGCGUAGGCGACGAUGCUCUAAUAAAUAUCAAUGAACUAUUCUGCAUUUGCUUGCUCAAUGGCUAUGCCAAUCCGGACGCAGGGACUCUCGACAAGUUAAUCCAUAUGCAAUUCGAGCACAUCACCAAAUUGCCCGACUCUCAGAAAUUGAGUUGCCUGUAUUUGCUGUUGUGCACGGUGCGGAAGCUGCGCGCUCGCCUGCCCGCCAGCCUGGUCCAGCUGAUCUUUCAGUCGGAUCCCGCUGAUGCUGCAAAGCAAACAUAUUUGACCAGCAUACGACUACAGAACGACACAAAGGCCUACAAGCUGCUGUUGCGCACAUGCCAGGAGACGUUGCUGAUUAAGAAUGUGCCCAUCUUGCAGCAGGCAUACAAACAGCUCGUCCAGGACGUCGACAAAUGCAUCUCAAAGCUGGCCCAGGCCCAGGCCCAGGCCGACUCCAGCGAAGCGGACAUCUUGCUCAUCUUUCAUUUGGCCGCACUGGCGGCACUGGCCAAGCAGACGUCCUCAAUCAUUGGCAUGUACGCCUGCAAGCCAUCCAUACUGGAGCUGUUGAUAACCAAUUGUCGUGCCGGCGAAUUGAGUAUCUGGUCAAAGCAUCCGACCACCCAUCAUGCCAUACUCUGUCUGCUCGUCGUCCACUGCCAGGCCAAUCACAAUUUCCGCAAUAACUCCAGUCUGCUGCGCGAGAGCGACGCCGGCAAGAAUCUGCAUUCGAGCAGCUCCCAGUCGCCUACGGCUCACAGCUUCGGUCAGAUACUCAAGUUCUUGGCACACUGCUUGGUGAAUGGUGCACAGCUGGCGCCGGUCAAUCUCAAGCAUCUGCUCGGCUGGACGAAAUCUCUGCUGGUCGAGUGUGGCUCGCGCUGCGCCGUAUUGCUGGAGCAUGACGAUUUCAUGACCAUUUGCGAGAGCGUUGCCAGCACAGCUGCGAAAUACGCGCCCAUGGAGAGUGCUCUGUGCAUCCAGGCCGUGCUCGGCUAUGGCACAUCGAAUCUGAGCCUCGAGCUCCUCCUUUUGUAUCGUGAAACGGCGCUCCAGCAGCUCCAACCGUUGGCCAGCAGCGCGCACGAGGCCUACGCCCAGAUCUAUGCCCAGUUGCCGCUCAGCUUGAUCAUCGCCAGACGUGUCCCCUCCGGCAUCGGCAGCAAUCACAUUUGCGUCUGGCAGCAGCGCCUGAGCCAGUGCAGCGCCAUACGCGAAAAUGUCUUUCGGGAUUUCUUCGAGCGCCUGCAGACGCCGGAGCAACAGCCGUUCGGCGAGUGCCUGCGGUCGAUGUUCAUGCGCAGCUGCCAGGUGACGCAGCUCGACGAGCGGCAGGAGAAGUUGUCCCAGUGCAUGCGCCGCUGUCAGCGUCUGGCCACCGUCUGGCUGCAGUUCGAGGCGGCGCGCUUCUGUGUCGACCAGAAGCUGCGCACGCCGCUGGGCAAGCCGCAGGACACGUUCCUCGCCUUCGAAGCCAUUGUGACGCGCUACGCCCGACUCCUGAGUGGCUGUGGCAAGGACAACGAGCGUCGAGCCUUCGACGAUCUGUCACUGCAGCAGCUCUCCAACACGCGUGCCAACUUGAACCUGCUGCUGGGCUUCCUGGAUGCGCUCGAGAAGCUCAUCUACAAUGCGGCCGAGGGCAGCGCCUUUGCACUGCGUGCGCCCGAGAAGCCAGUCAGCGCCUUCUUCCGGCUCAACAAUCCGACAUGCCAGUCCUGGUUCAAUCGCAUUCGCACCAGCGUCAUCAUCAUUGCCAUGCACUGUCAUCAGCCGGAGUUGGUCAUACGCUAUGCCCAGCAAAUCCUGCUCACCCAUAAGACGCAGGACUCCAUGUACAGCCAGGCGAUUGUCUACUUGGCCUGGGCCUUUGUCACCUGCCGUGAAUCGGACUCGCUGCGCGGCCUCUACGUGUGGGCGCGCGCGCGCAGCAGCAAGUGCUACAGGUGGCUGCAGAGUGCCGCAGAUCAGGCAGCUGAGCGCACGGAACUGGCGGUGGUUGGCUACCGUUCCAUUCUGGCCGAUGGGGAUCUGGAGACGCAUGUGCGCCAGUUUGUGCAGGCGCAGCUGUUCGAGUGCCUGCACUGCACGGGUCAGUGGACGCAGAUAGUGGAGCUGAAGGCGCAGUGGAAGCGCGCCGGCGACAACAUCCAGGUGAAUCCCUUUCUGCACAAGAGCAUGACGCAUCUGAGUGUGCUGGAGCAGCUGCUGGCCAAGAGCGAGGCCACAUCGGACGAACUAAACGCAGCGCUGCACACGCUGAGCAUCUGGCCCAGCGACAACGAGCCCCACGCCAGCUUCUCGGCCGACUGUGUGCUCGAGAAGCUGGAGAACAUUGUGCUGCAGCAGUGCCACUCAGCGGACGACCUCAAGCCGUUUGAGGUGGGCCCAUCCGUGCAGCAGCUGCUGGACAUGAACUGGCGCGAAUGCCUGCUCAACUACAGCUGCGAGCAGCAGCACUGGCAGCAGCUGACGCUGCUGAAGCACAUCACCCAGACGCUGAGCAGCAGCCAGGAGCCGCUGAUGCUGCUGCCCCUGGACAGCAAGGGCCGGGAGGAGCGGCAGCAGCAGCAGCUCCAGCAACAGCAUCACCAUCAUCAGCACCAUAUUGGCAGCCUGGGCAGCUCCCUAUUCCUGCGCUGCGUGGCCUGGACGCAGCUGCUGCGCAAUCACUGCAACGUGAACAGCCUGGGCAGUCUCUAUCUGGAGACGGCGGCGGUGGCGCGUGAGGAGGGCAACCAGUCCACCUGCCAGGCCAUGCUGGAGCUGUUCUUCGGCCAGCCACUCAAAGACGUUGCGGGCUACCUGCUGACCAAUUCGCCGGACACCAACAAUUUGCAGCUGCUGCGUGGCUACACCGAGGUGGCCAAGUGCCUCUACCUCCAACAGCAGCAGCAACAGCAGCAGCAGUGCAGCGAGCUGAGCGCCAUCAAUGUCUGCACAUCGCUUUGCCUGGCCAUACAGAAGCAGCUGCCGCAGCCGGAGCUGGCUUCCGAUGUGGGAGCCGAGCUGUUGCUGACGCUCGCGGAUUGGAUAGCCGCGCGCAGCUGCAACGGGCUGGCCACCAACAUGUCCACCCAAAUGCAGCAGCUGCUGGAGCAGCUGCCCGAGUGCCCCUUGGCGCGCAGCUCGACACAGCCGACGACGCUGCCGCAUGGCGAGCGAUUGGUGGCGCGCCUGAUCAAUGCCAGCCUGCAGCAGCGGCCGAACAACGAGGAGGCGCUCAUAGCGUAUGGCAACUGGUGCUAUCGCUGGGGCAAGAAGACCGUCGACAGCGGCACCGUGCUCAGCCAGGCGGACAUCACAGCCAUUGGCGAGGCGCUGGGCGGCGAUCAGCCUCUCGAUGGCGACACGCUGCAGGAGCUGCUGGAGGCACUGCGCACGGAGCCACAGCCGGGCAACAAUUGCGAGCAGGACGAACUGCAAACGGAUGCCCAGUGCGAGCUGCGACUGCGCCAGCUCAGCGCGCUGGCCGACAAGCCAGCCAGCGUGCUGGAGUCGAUUGUGCGCAUUUGGCGUCGCGCCAUGGCUAAUACCUUUGACUACUACAAGGCGGCGGCAGGUUGCUAUUUCCAUUAUCUCAGCCUGAAGGCGGGCUCCGGCGAGGGGUGUGCGUUGCCGCCGCAGCAGCCGCGUUUCCAUGUGGACGACAGCAAUAUGGUGACGACAACGCUGCGUCUGCUGCGCCUGAUUGUGAAGCAUGCCAGCGGACUGCAGGAUGUGCUGGAGCAGGGGCUGAAGACGACGCCGAUUGGGCCGUGGAAGGUCAUCAUACCGCAGCUCUUCAGCCGGCUCAAUCAUCAUGAGCCGUAUGUGAGGAAGAGUGUGUGUGCGCUGCUCUGCCGCCUGGCCGAGAGUCGGCCGCAGCUGGUCACCUUUCCGGCGGUGGUGGGCGCCAAUCGUGAGCUACAAGCCACGCCCAUUGGCAGCGGCAGCAACAGCAGCAGCAGCAGCCCGGCACAGAGCUAUGCGAUAUUGUUGAAUGCUUUGACCAAGCAGUCGCCCGAGGUCGUGCAGCAUGUCCAGCUGCUGGUCAAGGAGCUGCGACGCGUCUGCCUGCUCUGGGAUGAGUACUGGAUACACUCGCUGGCGCAAAUCUACAACAGCUAUGUGGGUCGGGUCAACGGACUGGCCAGCGAAUUCAAGCCCGACGACCAUGAGGGCAAGCAGAAUCGCUUCGAUAGCUGGCGCCCGCAGCUGCUCAGCGACAUGGAGGCGCUGAUGGCGUUCACCACGCGCGAGGCGGAGACCAACUACGAGCGCAGCUUCAAGCGGCGCUUCGAUGCGCCCAUUGCGAGCACGCUGGAGGCGCUGCGUAAUCGCCCGUACCCGGAGGCGUGGGACAAGCUGAAGCAGCUCUACCACGUGCUGCAGUCCAAUAUGCUGCGCGGCACGAGCAGCACUCUGAAAAUGCAGACGAUCAGUCCGGUGCUGUGCGAGAUUGGACGCAUGCGCAUCUCGAUGCCGGGCCUGGACGCGCAAGACGAACAGCAGCCGGUGCACAUUGAGAGCGUGGAGAGCACCGUCUGCAUUCUGCCCACCAAGACGAAGCCCAAGAAGGUCGCCUUCUAUGGCAGCAAUGGGCAGAAGUACACGUUCCUCUUCAAGGGCCUGGAGGAUCUGCAUCUGGACGAGCGCAUCAUGCAAUUUCUGUCCAUAUCGAACGCCAUCAUGGCUACCAAAAAUGAUACGCCGCACAGCUGCUACCGCGCCCACCACUACUCGGUCAUACCGCUGGGCCCCCAGUCGGGUCUGAUCAGCUGGGUGGACGGGGUCACUCCGCUGUUCGCCCUGUACAAGAAGUGGCAGCAGCGCCAGCCUCAGCCGGCCACAGGCGCCACAUCGCGCCGCCUCACCGAUCUCUACUACAACAAGCUGUCGCCAUUGCUGGCCAAGCACAACAUGCUGGUCACGGAUCCGCGUCGCCAGUGGCCCCUGUCGGUGCUGCGCCAGGUGCUUAACGAGCUGCAGCAGGAGACGCCGGCGGAUCUGCUCACCCGUGAGCUCUGGUGCCAUGCGGGCAGCGCCGCCGAGUGGCGCCAGUCAGUGCGCCGCUACACGAACUGCAUGGCCGUCAUGUCCGUCAUUGGCUAUGUGAUUGGCCUGGGCGAUCGCCACUUGGACAAUGUGCUCAUCAACCUGAGCAGCGGCGACAUCGUCCACAUCGACUACAAUGUCUGCUUCGAGAAGGGACGCACCCUGCGCAUACCCGAGCGUGUGCCCUUCCGGCUGACGCAGAAUAUGGUGCACGCCCUGGGCAUUACCGGCAUCGAGGGCGCCUACCGUCUGGGCUGCGAGUAUGUACUGAAGGUGAUGCGCAAGGAGCGCGAAACCCUGCUCACCCUGCUCGAGGCAUUCGUCUAUGAUCCGCUAGUCGACUGGACAAUCAACGAAGAUGCGUCGACUCUGCGACGCUCCAUCAAUGCGAAACCGCUGGCCUGUGCCACCGCCACCAAAGAGCUGAAGUGCCUCAAGAAGGACAAGGGCAAGAACAAGCUCUCCGACUGGGACGCCAAGCGACGACACUACGUGAGCAAGCUGAAGCAGUGCCAAAAGUUUUGGACCAAAUACAAACUGGAUAUAUUGCCCCAGCUAACGGACAUGCUGCGAGAGAUUGAGAAGCUGCAGCAGAUACAGACGCAGCGCCUGGCCACGGAGCAGGAUCUGCUGAAACUGAACCAGCGCAGCGCCCUGAUAGCCGAGAUCAAUGCCCUGGGCACGGCCAUUGAGAGUCACAGCUUCAAUUCGGCCUCGCCGCGCUACGCCACCAAGCUGUACCACACGGAGGCGUUGGCUCGCCAGGUCCAGCUGCGUCAGCCCGACUAUGAGACGGUGUCGUCGCUGCUGGUGAGCUAUGGGCAGUGCCUGGAGCAGCAGCAUCUGACCGAGUUCAACAUGCGGCUGAUUCACUUCAAGCUGGACGGAAGCAACUUGCACAGCGAGUACCUGGCCUUGCUGGAGCUGGUGCAGUGCCAUUUGCCACCGCAGACGCUGGAGUCCUACGAGAGCACUCGCACCCAGCUGGACGAGCUGUGCGAGCGGCUGAACGAUCUGGGCCUGCAGUGCGUGGAGCACAUGCAGCAGUAUGCAUCCAUAAUGGCCUACUAUCCGGAGCAUCUGAAGGGCAACAACAUCUUUAUGCGCUUCCACGAGAGCUAUGCCAACUACUUGGCCAAGGCCGAGAGCAGCAACGGGAGAAGCCAACAGAGCUCGCCGGAGUUCGACACGGACAGCAAGCUGAACGCAGCCCGAACCUUGGAGGCGGUUCACCUGAGUCUCAGCUGUCAGCUGCUCGAGUUGACGCAGCACUUUGCCCACGAGCAGGCCCUGGCCCAGUCGCAGAGCCCGUCGCACGUCCUGCUGGCGGCUAUAAAGCACAGCGGCUACAGCAAAGUGCAGCUCGAUGCGGCCCUGCUGCACACCCUGGAGAAGGCCAACAAUGCGUUCGCCCACUACGAGCGAUCGGCUGUGGAGGAGCAUGAAAUCAAACUCUUGGAGCAUCAGUUGCAGCACAUUCAGCUGGUGCAAACAAUGUGCCAGAGCGUUACGGAGCCCAUGGACCAGGCCAACGAUCACCUCAGCCAGCUGCAGGACACGCUGUCCAUGCUCAUCCAGCUGCAGCACAGCUUCGAGCAUGGCCUCACCGCCAGCGUGUUCCGUCUGCUGCUGUUGCCAGCCAAGCAGCACCAUUUGGAGGCAAUUCUACAGCUGGACAGCAAGGGUCUGGCCGAACGUUACCACCGAUCAAUGCGAGUGCAGCAACAGGAGUUGGAGCAAUCGGAAAAGCAACUGGAUCUCGUGGAGGACUCGCCGCAGCAAUUCACCAUUCCACGAGCUUUGGAAGCUGAGUUCAUGCAAUGCCUGCAGCUCGGCUACGAUCUCUUCCAGCAGCUUAACAAGGCCCUGGAGCGUGUCACGCGCAAUAUCAAAUUGAUCAUUGACGAUGUCAACGAUGCUCCGACACGGCAGUACACGGAAUUGGACAUAAUUAAGAUCGCUGGCAACACGUUGUCUGAGAAAUGCUUCUUCGAUCUGGUGCUGCAGACGGUGGACGCCAGCAGGAGCUGGGAUCAGCGACUGAUGCGUGAGCCCGUGCAGAGCUUUGUACAGCGCCUGGAGAUGACGUAUAUUGUGGGCGUGGUGCCAUUGCUCUGCCAUUCCCACUACACGAACUGUUGCAUACGUGGCCAGGAGGUGGCAGCAGCCAUUGCCCUCUGCUCGCCGGAUGUGCUGCAGCUGUGCGAUGGCUUCUUUGCCGCGCUGCAAGCGGAGGCGACGCUGCAGCAGAGCCAGUGCGAAAUCGGGCAGCUCAAUCAGCUGAUCGAGACACAGACGCUCAUCGCAACGGCGCACUACUGGGCAUACGGCGAAUCGCUGGGCAACGAGCUGAACUGUGGCCACGUCAUCAGCCGGCAGAAGCUGUCCGAGGCAAUCAGCCAGAACUUGCAGACGCUGUCGGACAAGGCGCUGGCUAUGGAGCGGCUGCAGCACCGCCUGACCUCGCAGCUAGAUCAGCUGCAGAGCCAUCGCAGCAACUGGAAUCGCAAUCACAUCGACAGCCUGCUGCGCAACGAGCAGCUGCAGCACAAGCUGACCAGCAAUCAGCUGGACGUGAUCAAUGAGCUGAAGAUAUGCGCCAGUGCGCUGUGCAGCAUCGAGCAGGCGGGCGGAAUUGACGGAGAGCAGGAGAAACUGCUGCUGGACAACAUGGAGCAGUGGCUGCAGGCCUACCAGCAGUGGGAGGUGAGUAAUGCACGGAUUAGCGCCGUGGAGCAGGCGAUUGUCCAGCUGCUGGAUCCCGAGGGAGCCAUCGAUGACUGCUGGGUAAAGAACGUGCAGGGUCUGCUCGAGGAUUACACGUGCAAGGUGCAGCGCGAACUGUCGAUGCUGGAGUCGGAACAGCAGACCAGGCGCAGACUCAUCUAUGGGGUGCUCAAGGAAGUGCAGCGAAACCAGGAACAGAUGCCGCGCAUUUACACGCGCAGCCUGUGCAACGACUCCGAGGAGCAGGCCAAAAUGGUGCCCCUGGAUAUUCAGCUGCUUUGUGGUCAUGUGCGCGAUGCACAGCGCACACUCGUGGACUUCUUUCAGCGUGUGAUGGAGCUCCGCAAGGAAAUGGCCAGCGAACGGCCUGCGCUGCACCACGACACGCUCGCCCGCUGGCAGCAGCAGCUACAGCAUAUCGAGCAUAUGGCUCAGCACGCCGUGGAUGACUUCUUCAGGGGCAUCGAGGACUUUCUGCAGCAUUCAGCGGACAGUGAUUCGUUGCCAUACGAAACGUUCACGCACAACAAGGGUGCACCCAAUCUGCACGAGCAGAAACGCAAUGCGUAUGGCGUGUCUGUGUGGAAGAAGAUACGCAUGAAAUUGGAAGGACGCGAUCCGGAUAGCAAUCAGCGUGCCAGCGUCGCUGAGCAGGUCGACUACGUGUUGCGCGAGGCCACCAAUCCGGACAAUCUGGCCGUACUGUACGAGGGCUGGACGCCAUGGGUCUAAGUUGACGGACGUGGCCACAAAUUGCCAGCAAAUGGCAAAUGGGCA